AUGUCAAUCCCAUACUCAAACUUGCAAAGCCUCUUCACUUUCAUUAACAUCGAGUUCAACCAUAAACACCUCCUCAAAUCUCAAGGUACAGAUUCUUUCAAUGGCCUCUCUUCCUUUCGUUUCAAAACCAUCCCUAAAGGAAUUCCCAGCUCCAACUCUGACGAUGUCAUUGACACCACACAAGACAUCCCUUCUCUCUAUGAAUCCACAUGUAGAACCUGCCCAGUUCCCUUUAGAAACCUCCUUAACAAACUCAGCAAUUCCCCUUAUAUCCCUCCCAUCGCUUGCAUAGUUUCUGAUGGUAUCAUGAGCUUUGCCGUCAACGCUACCAAAGAACUCAGAAUCCCAAAUGUCCUUUUCUGGACUACUAAUGCCUAUGACUUUCUCUACUAUGUUCAUUUUCACCGACUCAUUGAGAAAGGCUUGAUAUCUCUCAAAGAUUCGAGCGAUUUAACAAAUGGGUAUUUGGAGAAUAUUGGAGAAAAAGGAGCAGAGAUGAAGAAGGCACUUGAAUAG